GUGGGGUAAAUUUGAACUGUUCAGUUGACAAUUGUUCCUCCAUCAACUCGAUUCGAUUAGCACCCGGUGUCUGUCGGCUGCAGUCGGCAGAGGAUAGACAGCCUCUCUUCUCCUAAACCAAAAGAUUCAGGUUUCAGCUGCGAACCCAACUGAAACCGAUACCCACCCGCGCACCCGACCCAAACCCGUUUGAUCUGAGAUUCUGAGAUCCACCGCCCAGAAGCCGUCCCCGAAUCAACAACCACCGACCCAUCACGCCUCCUCCUCCUCCAGCUUCCUACUGUGAACAUUUGAUUUCACGAGCAGGUUCUCUGCUGAUGGCAAAGAAAAGGCAAACGCAGCUUGGGGUUGCCCAGCACAAGAAUAAUACCUCCACUGGUGGUCUAAUUGAGUCUUCAAACUCCGAUAAUGAUCCUGAUCUGCAAGAUAAUUGGGUGAUAGUUAAGAAGCAGAGAGUCAAAAUUCUGAUACCUCCCCUGCCCGUUGCUAAUAAAUCUCCACCGCCAAAUCCAGGACCAGUCCAGCUGCAACCUGUGGCCGGAGAAGCGGAAGGAAACAAAUCACAGUUUCCUGUCGAGACUGAGACAUGUCCUAAGACGACUUCAGUUCAGGAGCAAAAGAGGAUUAAAUCUAUUGCUCAUAAAAGGGUUGUUCAAGUUGCUAGAAAAUCUCCUCCUGCUGACUACGUUUCAACAUUUGGGAAGUCAAUCAAGCGAGGUGUAAGAAUGGAAUUACGAAAUCCAGAUCAGAUUGCUACUUCACAGUCUCGUAGAACACCGGGGGUAUUUAAAACCUCAAAAGCCAUCAUUCAGCCAAGAAAAUUACGACAUGGCCCGAGUAUUUUCCUUGAUCAGGGAAUGCUGCUAAAUCAAAAGCUGAGAGCUCUGAAUCUUGAGAGGAAGCUUCAGAAAGCUGGCGGGUUAAGCAGGUGGUUAGCAUCACUAGGACUGGGGCAGUUUGUUAGGAUUUUCCAGAGGAAAGGUCUGAGUAAGUUCCAGUUGGUGAAUCUGACCAUGAAGAAGCUCAAAGACAUGGGUGCCAAUGCAGUAGGGCCCCGGAGGAAACUGAUGCACGCAAUCGACUGCUUUUGCCAGCCGUGCUUCUUUUAAAAGCAUUCCGGAAUUCAUUUAGGAUCAAGUUGAGAAACAAAACCUAAAACCAACAUCUUUUUCUGCGAGUAACAUCAGAAGCAGCGAGGUACGUUGUUCCCAUUUCGAUGUGUGCAGUUUUUGGAUUGUUGCAUUUUAUGAAAAGAAAAUGUCUACAAACUACGGCAAUGUCAUGUGAGUGCUGGUUGUAUGGAUAAGCCUUGUGUCAGUUUUCUACGAGCAUUCAGAAUGCUACAUGAAGUAGGUUUGUAACGUUUGUUUAUGGAAGUAUGGGUGUAAAUAAUUGUGUCCAUUAGAUCACACGCAUUAGUGGAUCUGUCAAAUUAUAUGUUUCUGAUCCACCA